CAAAAAUUAAAAAUUUUUGAAUUUUCAUAGGUUCUGCAUUUAAUUUGAAUUUAAAGCUCAUUUAAUUAAAAAAUAGUGAAUAACAACGUUAACGGCAAUGGCUUUAUUUAAGAUAUCAGGCUCAGAAGAUUGGGCAGUUUCUGAAGCAGCCGAAACACUGUGUCAAAAUUUUGAUAAGGAUAAUGUUCGGAAGAAGAAAAAGAAGAAGAAGAAACAAAAAAUAAUACACAAGACUAAAGUGAUGAAUGAAAUCAAAACGAAGGGCACAAAGAAAGUAAAAACAAUUAGUUCUUCAGUAUCAGAAAAAAUUAUCAAUGGCAAAAAGCGUAUUAAAAAGAAAAUCACACAAACAAUUUUGAAAAAAGCAGAGGAUGAAACUCCUUUAAAUAGUUCAUUCUCAGAGGCAAAUAAUACAACUUUUACAUCUAAAAAAGGAUUGAAAAGAAAGUGUAGCAUUUCAAAUUGUAAAGAUGAAACUAAGAAUUCGAAGAAAACAAAACAAGAAAUAAUUACUAAAAAAGAAAUUACUAUCAAACCCAGUAACGUAAAUGAUCAGUUUCAAGAAGAAAAAGGAAACUCUAAAAAACAUGAAAAGAAAAUGAAUAUAAAUGAACCAUUGCCUAAUAGCAAACAAGAAGGUGUUAAAAAAAAUCCUGUCCUGAAAAACAAACAAGAUUUUAAUUCAAACAUUGUGAAAAAGCGCAAAGAUCAACUUGAAAAAUUAAAAACUCUAAUUACGAAUAAAGGACAAAAUCAACAAACGUCGCCUAGAAAACACCAACCUAUUCUAACAUUAAGACAAAAAAUGAUGGGUAAGCUCAAAGCGGCAAGAUUCAGAUUCCUCAAUGAGCAAAUUUACAGCACAACAGGCCAAGAGACUGAAAAAAUAUUUCGACGUGAUCCAGAAGCAUUUAAGGCUUACCAUGAGGGAUAUAAGCAACAAGUGAGAAAAUGGCCAUUGAAUCCUGUGGAUAAAAUUAUCAAGUCUUUGAAUAAAAUAGACAAAAAUUUCAUAAUAGCCGAUUUUGGUUGUGGCGAGGCCAAGUUAGCAAAAUCGCUGCAACAAAAAGUCCAUUCAUUCGAUUUAGUAGCUUCAAAUGAGUUGGUUACUGCUUGUGAUAUGGCUCAUGUACCUUUAGAGGCUUCUUCUGUGAACGUAGUUGUGUUUUGCUUAUCACUAAUGGGUACCAACCUGAAGGAUUAUUUACUGGAAGCUAAUAGGAUUCUCAAGAUAGGUGGUAUGGUUAAAAUAGCAGAAGUUGAAAGUCGUUUCGAAGAUGUCCAUACUUUUAUAAAAAGCUGCGAACAAUUUGGGUUCAAAAAAUCUUGGAUGGAUCUCUCUUAUAAUUUGUUUUAUUUUAUUGACCUAAAGAAGGAGAGCAACGCUAAGGACAAAAAUAAAUUACCGGUAGUUUCUUUGCAACCAUGCCUUUAUAAGAAAAGAUAGUUGAAUAAAAUUAGGAUUUAUCGAAUAA